CUGGCUGUGGGCAAUGCAGUGGGGUUUAAGGCUGGGUAAGAGGCCCUGUGUCCCCCCUCCACACUUCUAGGCAUGUUGGGUACCCAAACCAGAGACCAACUGUGAAGGGAUGCGGCCAUUUCAACGCCGCUGGGCCUUUAAUCCUGCCUCUGGCCUCUGUGAGGAUUUCCUCUACUGCACUGGAAACAGCAGCAACAACUUCCCUUCCUUUAAUGCCUGUAGGGACCAGUGCAUGUUGGGUGCGUGCUGCCUCCGCAAACAGCGGCAGGAUCUUCCCUCUGGCCACCAGAAUUACACCUUACAUGGAUACAACAUCUCCUCUGUGAACAGGACUCUCUGGAGAUAUGACCACAAUAAUUUGGAGGAUGAAAUGUUUUACAGCAAUAUAGACUCCAACCGCACUGAGAUGAAAGAUCUUAAAGGAAACCUUCAAAGUGUAGACUGCCGCAGGGACCCGGAUUUCAAUUAUACCUGUGAUUACCUAACCCUAACACAGUGCCAAGCUUUGUUGAAUGACCAAGCUGGAGAGGCGCAAGUAAUGAGCUUCUCCACCGGAGCGAAGUGUACUGACGUAAGUUGUGGUGGAGGUUGUGGUUGCUUCCUUCAACAAAAGCUGUGGAGAUAUAGGGAAUGGUUCAGGCAAGGCUGUGAAGAGUGCACAUGCACACAUAAUGGCAGCGUUGACUGUGUGUGCAGACAUCUGACCCAGCGUAAAGAGAUAAGAGACCUUACACAGAGAGAGAGGAAGUUGUACCAGCGGGCUAUCAGGAAAGUCUAUGCCAAGCCAGCUGUGUGGAAGGGCUUUGCGCUACUGAGAGCUGAGUUCUCCCCUCUGGCCAGUGAUCAUACCUUCUUCCUCCCAUGGCACCGCUACUUCCUACAGUUAGUAGAGCGUGAGCUGCAGUCAGUGUCAUCAUGCAGACUGGCGCUUCCGUAUUUUGAGUGGACAGUGGACUCUGGGUCAAUGAAGUCCUCGGCUGCGUGGCAGGCUGGAUUGUUUGGAGGAGAUGGUGAGCCCGGCUCCAACUGCGUCCUACAUCACCCUUUCCGGGGCUUGACUUCCCGUUUCCACUGGUCGCCUUGUCUCAGACGCAGUUUCAACUCCUCGGUGUGGCUGCCAGAUGCAGUGACCCUGCAGAGGACUGUAAAUCAGGCAGACUUCCAGGUAUUUUCCCAGUCUCUGCAAACCUUUUCUGGCCACUUUAGGCUUUGGGUAGGGGGGCAUAUGGCUUCCCCUCUGGCUGCUUACGACCCAUUAUACCUGUCUCACAUGGCAUUCAUGGACAAGCUGUGGGCACAAUGGCAAGAUAAACAUCAGCAUGGAUCAAAAAGACAAAAUUCCAGGGACGAUAAGGCUCAGAGCAGCAUCAUUUACCCCGCCAGACAGAGGCAUGUGAAGAUAAAGCCUUUUGAUGUUACCCCUGAUGAUGUGAUGUCUUCCCAGCAGCAGAUGUGUAUUGUAUACGUGCCCAUAACCAUUGGUGCACCUUGUAAUAUAACAUCAUUACAAACACACCCAAGAGGGAGUCCGAAAUUUAAGAAGCGUAGCUUGGACAAACACAACUCACACUCCAAUAGUUUUGUCAUUGGAGGCUUUGACAGCAGUGGUUUUGACCAGCACGGAUAUGAUCGUAAUGGCUAUGACUGGAGCGGUUGGGACAAGUGGGGCUAUGGCAAAGAUGGCUUUAACCGGGACUUUAUUGAUAUGGAUGGAUAUGAUGUAUCUGGUUUCAACCGCUAUGGGUUCAACCGUUCUAAUGUCACCUGGUUUGGCAUGCGUAAAGAUGGCAUGUUUGAGAGUGUGAAAAAGAAAAAGCAUAACGAGACAGAUGAAGAGGAGGAGAAUGAUAACAAGUCACACAAAGACAAGAUAAUGUCCAAGCUCUUCGGUGACAAAGGCUACAGCAUCUACGGGUUUGAUCCAUUUGGUUUGGAUCGCAGCGGGUUUGACGCAUUCGGCUUUCGAAUGGAUGGCUAUGACAAGGACAGUUGCAACUGGUUCUUCAAUGGGCCGCACUACCUGCGGUUCUACUUCCACACCCAGCAGCAGUUGAUGUCAUCCAGUGACCAAGCUUUAAACCGUAUCACCCGUACCUGCCCUCCAAUCUCCUCCCUGCCCCAACACUGGGUCAGACAGGACUGGAUGACCUUUGAUCCAGACAAAAGCAGUGCUCUGAAUAGUCUACUACAGCAGGAAUGGAUGAGACAAAUUAAGCCAGAGAGUGAUGAUAAUGUUACAGCAGCUACUCAAAAUAAGAGCAACAUAUGGCUUCCACACACACCAGAUCACAGGUUUUGCUUCAAGCUCCACUGGUUCAGCGGCUGUCCCCUUGGCUCUGCGCCUAUCAGCUGCCCUAACCUCUGCAAUCAGGCCCGCUGCCACGUGUACCCCGAGGCUGUCUGCCAUAUGCGCAAUUGUGGUUCCUGUUUCACAGAGUGGCGAGAUCCAACAACUGGAAACCACGUAAUAUGCCAUGGCUGGUAAACACUGGAUUGUUUCCCAGAAAAAUGGAGGAAUAAAGUACUUUAUACAGCUUUUCACAACAGUGAGAAGAGAACGGACCAUCAUUCGGUACCUGCAUCGUCUCUGUGAGCUCAGAGAAACAGAAAGCACUUCAUCAUAAUGAUGACUGUUGAGAGGACUGAUACUGGAGUA